UCACCACUCUAAAUUUAUCAACAAAAGACAUGUGCAUUGUUUCUGUGCCUUAAAAGUCGUUUACGUACAAGUGCCCGAGAUAGUCACGGACUUUUGGAAAUAAACGGAGAAGGUUCUCAAUUAUUUUUCACAAAAAUAUGUGCUCCUAGGAUUGCGAGCCUGAGGGGCAAGGGCGCGCAAGGGCCGCGCGUCGCGACGCCAGAAGCCCCGAGUUAGGAGUCAUGCAGCAGCAAGGGCAAGCUCAUGGCGUCAAUCCCGUAUGGUUAGCACAGAGCAGGCUGCGGCGACGAAAGUUUGACUCUUGCAUCGAGCUAUGCACCGGCAUUUUAGAGAAGAAUCCAUACGACCAGGCGGUAUGGUACCUUAAGACACGGGCUCUGACAUUGAAGAACUGGAUCGAUGACCUGGAGAUCGAGGAGGAGGGUGUUGCAGAUGUGCUCAUGGACGAGCACCAGGUGGCUCAGGUGCCCCGCCCAGGUACCUCCCUGUCAAGACCUCUCACCAGCGCCUCCGGAUCGGGUGCCCCCAGCCAGGCAGUGCGCCCCAUGACUGGCAGUGGGCGGCCACUGACUGGCUUUGCUCGCCCCGGCACCAGCAGCCGCCCCACCACCUCCGCAUCGGGCAGGGCGGGAACUGCCAGUCUGCAGCAGGCGCUGAGGACCGCAAAGCCAGGGACGGCUCGCCCAGUGACGACAUCGGGCAGGUUCAUUCGUUUGGGCACCGCCAGCCUGGCCUCCGAGCCGGGUGGCCCCUUCAUCAAUGUGGAUCGACUGGACUUGCGCAAGUACGCCGCCAGACCCCUACUGGCCCGAGUGCUGUGUGACUACCUCAUCUACACGGAGCACAACAUGAAGAGGGCGCUGGAGCUGUGUGCUCUAGCGACGCAGGUGGCGGAGUAUCAGGACUGGUGGUGGAAGGCCCGGCUGGGAAAGUGCUACUACCAGUUGGGGCUGUUGCGGGAUGCGGAGCGGCAGUUCAAGAGCGCACUAGGUCAGGGGCAGUCAGCAGAGUUGUGUAAGAUAUACCUGAGGAUGGACCAGCCCAAUACGGCUUUGGAGCACUACACCUCGGCCCUGGGGGCCCAUCCUGGGGACUCGUCUCUGCUGCUGGGCGUGGCCAGGGUGUACGACGCACUGGGCGACGCGGAGAAGGCGGUGUCCUUUUACAAGAACGUGUUGUUCCAUGAUGCGUCUAAUGUGGAGGCGAUCGCAUGUCUGGCAGCACAUCACUUCUACACAGACCAGCCGGAAAUCGCCCUGCGCUACUACCGACGGCUGUUGCAAAUGGGCGUCACCAAUGCGGAGUUGUGGAACAAUUUGGGACUGUGUUGCUUCUAUGCCUCACAAUACGACAUGUGUCUGGGCUGCUUUGACCGCGCGCUAUCCCUGGCGGACGAUAACACCCUUCCGGACGUGUGGUACAACAUUGGCCAGACUGCAGUGGGCAUUGGGGACCUGGCUCUGGCCUACCAGGCAUUCAAGAUUGCCAUCAGCCUCAACCCGAAUCACGCUGAGGCGUUCAACAACUUGGGAGUGCUGGAGUACCGCAAGGGCAACGAUGACUCGGCUGCGGCACUCUUCCGCUCCGGGCAGCGUGAGGGCGGUCACGUGUUCGAGGUAUUCUUCAAUGGGGCGUUGCUGGCUUUCAAGGCUGGAGACUUCCAAGUCAGCUUCGAGCUUGUCAACCAAGCCCUCCAGGCGUAUCCUGAGCACACCGAAUCCCAUGAGCUACUUAAACAGCUUAAAGCUCACUUCACUAUGUUAUAAGAUAAAUGUGGUGCGGCAGCCCAACUGACAGAUGCGUGGUCACGGCCGACUUUCACAACAGACUGUUUACUUCUUUGGGGUCGGAGGGACAUUGAAGAAACGGUCCCAUCCCAACAUAAAGAUAGAAAACUUUGAUCGAUAUGUCAUGUUGGAUAAUUUGUGGGGUCGUCGUAGUGAGGGCAAGUAUCGGUUAACGUUCGAUGGACUGUCAGUGAAGUCUCGGAGCGACGAGAUCUCGGAAUGUAUGUGGUUGGCGACCCAUCGUUUUUUCCGCCGGCGCUGGUACAUAAGACAAUGGUAGCGCAGGCAUCUCUGCCUCAUCUUCCAAGGAGCGGUAUACUUCUUGGGAAUCUCCAAAAGUCCUGCCGAUGCUGUUAUCAUAUUAUCACAUUGUAAAUACUUCAAAAGAU